AUGGAAAUAUUAAAAUAUAUAUUAGAAGAUUCUUAUAAUAUUAAUAUUAAGGAAUUAUAUAAAAAAAUAACUAAUCUUACUUCUUAUGAUGAUUUAUUAAUUACUAUUAAAAAAAUAUUAAUUUCUAAUAAUAUUUAUCAAAUUUAUAAAUCUAUUAUUAUUUUAAAUUAUCUUCUAAAAUAUAAUAUAACACAUUAUUCAUUGGAUAUACCAUUGGAUAUACUAUCACAAAAUCAAUCUGAUAUACAAUUGAAUAUACGGUUAAAAAAAAGUUUAGAUGUAAAUUUAGAAGAAAUUAUUAAUAUAAUAAUACAAAUUAAUAAUGAAAUAAUAAAUUUCCAAUUAUUAAAUUUAUUAUAUAAUAUUGUAAUAUAUUUAAUAGAAAAUAUAAAUUUACAUUUAUUAAAUUUAAUAUUAAUAAAUAUUAAUCGUAUUUAUGGAUAUGAUUUAUUAAAAUAUAAAAUUAUUAUUAAAAUUUAUCAAAUCUAUACCAAAUAUAAAUUAAAUUUGAUUAAUAUAACUGUAUUAUACAAUAUUUUAAAUUCAAUCACUAAUAAAACUGAUGAGUUAUUUGAUGUUACUGAUGUUACUGGAUUAACUACUGAAACUACUGAUGUUACUGAAUUAUCUGUUGUUAAUGAAUUAAAGGUUAAAUUAUUUAGAGAAGAAAUUUAUAAUAUAAUAUAUAAAAUAAAUCCAAUAGAUAAUUUAAUAUAUAAUGAUAUAAAUUAUCUAUUAUAUCUACUAAAAUUGAGAUAUACUAACAACACUGUAAAUACUAACAAUAACACUGUUAAUACACUUAACACAGUUAAUAAACAUAUUACUGUUAAUAUGAAUAAUAUAUAUAAUUUAUUAUUAAAACAAUUUGAUAAUGAAUUUGAUGGAAUCACUACCACUACUACUACCACUACUACUACCACUACUGAUAUCGGUACAAUAAUUGAGAUUAUGUAUUAUAUUAUUGAAAUAUUGAAUAAAGAUUUAUUUUUAUUACAAAUUAAUUUUAUUAUAACAAUUUUAAACAAAUUAUUCAAUAAUGAAGAUAUAUUAAAGAAUUUUAGUGGAAGUUUAUAUAAAUUAUUAAAAAUUAUUAAUAAUAAAUGUAUUGAUUUUAAUUAUUUAUUAAAUAUUAAUAAAUUAAAGAUUAUUAUAAAUUUAAAAUUAACUGGAGGUGUAACUGGUAACAUAGGAAUAACUGGUAACAUAGGAGUAACUGGUAACAUAGGUGUAACUGGUAACAUAGGAAUAACUGGUAACAUAGAAAUCUCUAAUAAUAUCCAUUUGUCUAAUGAUUUGGAAGAUAUAUUAUUAUUAUAUGUAUUUAUAUGUAAUGAUAUGGAAGAUAUAAAAGAAAUAAUUAAUAUAUUAAUGAAAAAUAAUAUAAAAUUAAGAAAUGAUGAAAUUUAUUUAAAUUUAUUAAAUUAUUUUAAUUAUUUUGAUGAAAAAUUAUUAUAUCAAUUUUUUCAUUAUAUUAAACAAAUUAAUUUAUAUAAUCAAAUUUUUCAUCAAAUUUUCAAAUCAAUAAUUUAA